GCCGCGGGGAUGCGGGGCGCGGGGUUGGCCUGGGACUUCCAGGAGCCUUGGGCGGUCCCUCCCGGGGGCCGCGCCAGGGAGGCGGAGCGCAGGGCCGAGGAGCCACCCGCCGCCCGCUCGUCGCCGCCUCCGGGGCCUCGUCGCGCCCCAGGCCCCACGGGUGCCGAGAGCCGCGGGCCGAACAUGGCGCCGUGGACGUUCUGGCGCGGCUGCCAGCGCGUCGUGGGCUGGGUGCCGGUGCUCUUCAUCGCCUUCGUGGUUGUCUGGUCCUACUACGCGUACGUGGUGAAGCUGUGCGUGCUUAUUCUUUCUGGAAAUGGAGAAAUUGGAAAGGCCGUUGUUUACCUUGUGGCUUUCCAUGUGUUUUUUGUUAUGUUUGUAUGGUCCUAUUGGAUGACAAUUUUCACAUCUCCUGCCUCCCCUUCCAAAGAGUUCUACUUGUCUCAAUCUGAAAAGGAACGUUAUGAAAAAGAAAGCAGCCAAGAACAACAGCAAGACAUUUUGAGAAGAGCAGCAAGAGAAUUACCUAUCUACACCACAUCUGCUUCACGUGCAAUCAGAUAUUGUGAAAGAUGUCAGCUGAUUAAGCCUGACCGUGCACAUCACUGCUCAGCGUGUGACAUAUGCAUUCUUAAGAUGGAUCACCACUGUCCCUGGGUGAAUAACUGUGUUGGAUUUUCUAAUUACAAAUUUUUCCUGCUGUUUUUACUGUAUACCCUAUUAUAUUGCUUUUUUGUGGCUGCAACAGGUUUACAAUACUUUAUAAAAAUCUGGACGAAUGAACUCACAGAUACACGUGCCAAAUUCCACGUGCUUUUUCUUUUCUUUGUGUCUGUUAUGUUCUUCGUCAGCGUCCUGUCACUUUUCAGCUAUCAUUGUUGGCUGGUUGGAAAAAACAGAACAACAAUAGAAUCAUUCCGUGCACCUACAUUUUCAUAUGGAUCUGAUGGAAAUGGUUUCUCUCUUGGAUGCAGUAAGAAUUGGAGACAAGUUUUUGGCGAUGAAAAGAAAUACUGGCUACUUCCAGUUUAUUCAAGCUUAGGUGAUGGUUGCAGUUUCCCAACUCGUCUUGUGGGGAUGGAUCCAGAGCAGGUUUCUGUUACAAACCAACAGGAAUUUUGCAGAAGUAUUGGCUCAAAUCAACCCUUUCCGAUCAAACCACUUAGUGAAUCAAAAAACCGGUUGUUGGACAGUGAGUGUCAGUCACUAGAGAAUGGCUCGGAGGACAGCAUCCUAUCAGGGACAAAUAGCCAAGUUACAGUGGCAAUAGAAAACUGAGCACCACUGACUCAUAACUAACCAUUUGAAUAAGAGAAAGGUUUAUGCAAGCAAAUCGUCAACUGAUAUUUUCAAUUUUAUUUGAAAAAAAAAUCAAUGGACUGAACUGAUUGAAGCCUAACAGAAGAUAAAUAUUUUCUACGAAGGCAGCCCCCAGAGAGUUGGCCAGGCCCACAGAGCACACUCCAGAGUAGGGAGAUGCCUUAACCUCAUGCCCCGUCCUACAGCACUGGCUUCGCCUACAUACGCUCCCUGCUGCUGGGAGACAGCCCCGCCCGCUGGUGCCAGGUGCUGGCACAGAAGCUGCCUGCCAUGCACUAACAUGGCACCUGUAUUCUUCUGAUACCCAUGUCACACAAUUAGAGUAGUUCCAUCAGAGUCAUAGACAUUUUCACUCCAGAAAUACAUGGGAAGAAUUCAUCCUGAGUGGAGUACAUCCUAAGCAGUGCAGAGCCAGAAAGUACAUAAUAUACAAAUAACUAUCACUUGUACUGUGUAAGGAAAAGAAAAAUGACUGAUUUUUUUUAAAUUGGAUGUUUGCUAAUUUAUAAUUACUGUUUUAUACUUUUCAACAUUUUUAAUAAUAAAGUUUUCUUAUGUUGGCUAUAAAGUAACACUCAGAAGGAUUCAGAUAUCUAAAUAUAAUCAUUUAAGCCAUGGAAAACUUGUAUAAUUCAUUAAAGGCUUAAUUGUAAGCAUUGCUACAACCAUUGUAAGCUAGUUAAUUGUCCCAAUGAAGGAAACUUGCCAGUGUAAGAAAUAUUUUCAGUUAUUUUUGGUUGAACUUCCAUGGUUGAAGUGAGCAGGGAAACACAGUGGAUCCGAACUGUAGAAAUAAUAGGUCCCAGUAGGACUCAGUGGAAGAAAGACAGGCAGGCUCUUGUAAAUUGUUAAAAUGCAUUUCAGUCCUAAAAUAUUUAGUAUUACAACUCCCGUUGAGUUGGUUUUCACAUUUCAAUCUAGGUAGUGGCUGAAUGAUACAUGGUCACUUUUACAAUCCUCCUGCAUAAGCUUAGAGACUCAAAAGUAUAGUUUGAACUAAGGUGAAGCUGUAUCUGGCAUACUGUUAUCCUCAGACAGGAACAUGGGACCUGAGCAGUCAUUUAGAAUUUCCCAACCUCUGAGGAGUGGACUGUAAAAAGAGAGAAGCUGAUAGGGUAGGGGGAGAUUAAAAAAAAAGGGGGGGGAGACACCUGUAGCAUUGCUUCACUACUUGUGAAGCUUCACCCCUGCAGGCAGGGACUGGGGGCUUCAACCUGGUCAUAGUCCUUAGUCAUAGUAACCUGUGCUCUACUAGACAUGCCACCACCUGGCCCAGUAGUUUCCCUUUCUAUAAAUGGAAUUGGGCAGGGGGAUGACAAGUGAGUUGGACUGGAUGACUUAUAUGUAACUGAGAUUUUUGUAAAAUUUUGGAAAAUAGCCUUAUUUCAUCCAGCCUUCUUAUACAAGACAAGAUGUAUUAGAGAUUGGUCUGUCAGUUCCAAGUGUAACUCAAAUUUCAUAAAUAGCUAUCCCUAGUUUACAAGUUGAGCAUUUGUCUAAUUCCACUGGUUAUGUGAAUAUUAGAUUUUGAAAGGAAGUGACUCCUCUCCCCACCCUUGAACUAAAGGAAAGAAUGAGCUUUGGAAAUAUAGUUUGGAACACUAUAUCUGUAUUUCAACUCUAUCAUCUUAAUAAUCUUGAUUCUAGAAAACUUUCUAAGCAUGACAGUUAAAGGGUAUCAGUGACCAGCCAACUACCACUUUAGUUUGGCAGAUUGCUUAAUAUAAAGCAGUAGUAAACCUUUAAGCUUGCUUGACUCCUUUCAGAAAUAAUAUUUUUACCUAUUUAGAUCCAAGGAUUUGCAUGCUCCCAACUAACUGAAGAAGCUUAAUCCCCCCCCCACCCCCCCAAAAUCUGUUCAGGCAUAUUUGUGGUAUCUGACCUUCCUCUGAUUUUUUCAUUUCUGUGCUUUCCCAUCUUUAAUAGGAAUCUUUUUUCUGAAAUUAUUAGAGAAAGCACUUUUUUUCUAGUGACCUUCUAUUUAAUUUAUAGCCAACAUUUUUACCAUAGCUUCAGUAGUUGGCAGCUGAAUUUAUUCCUACAUAUGAAAUACCAGUUCGGCAAAGGCUUACACUUAGCAUGGCAUUUCAAACGGUAUUGAUUAGUGCCAGCAACUCUACCGGGAGAAAAGGUGUAAAGGAAGCUGUCAGAUAACAUCACUGUCUUGGGUGCUUCAAACACCUAAGUGCUUGUGAUUAACACUUAAGGAAAAUGAAGUUGGAUUCAGGUCUUGCCAUUGCCACUAAAGACAAAACAGAGAGGAGACUUGUCUUCACCUGAGUGCAAAUGCACCUGCAUCUCCCAUGCCUGAGCUUCUGAGCAGCAGCACCACACCCAACCAAAGAGGAGCAAAGAGCAGCGUGCAGUCCAUUAGUUACUCAACACCAACAUGUUUACAAGGCGUAGCUUCAUCUUUAAGGAUGGACAUCUUUUCUAAUCUUGUGACAGAUUUAGUGGUUGUAAUCCAGUGUUUCAUGGGAGUAUUUCAUUGUAUGAACCCAAUAUGCAAUGUUUACUUGAAUUUUAUUUCUGCUAGAAAUAAUUUGACUAUGUUUACAGGAAUUGCUUAAAAGUUUUAAGCCAUGUGAGUUUCCCAUUGAGAAAUCUUGAAGGUCAUUAAGGGGAUAGUGUUGGGCUCUAUGUACCUGCAGCCCUGAAUGGACUCAGACAGAUUUUAUUUAUGCUUUGCCCCAGGACUCACUGAGUUGUGCUAUCAAUGGAAAGUGUUUUUAAUGAAUCUGUAAUUAGGAAAUUAAUCAUAUUUUUGCAUUUCAGCCAAAAUAAAGAUCCUAAUAAUCUGUAAAAUGCAGGCAAUAUAUAAGCCUGAAACCUAUGUGUUCCACAUGAUCUAAUCUAUACUUCCCAAUUUGAGUGAAAAACAGAAUAGAUUUAGAAAGGUCCAUAUUUUUCUAAUGACUUCACUUUAUUUUGUCACAUUGCAUAAUUAAGCAAGCAAUGGCAUUUGUACUCAGAUUAAGAAAGCUAUUAGGUUUAUUAUAUUUGUACAUGAUGGCAAAUGAGUUUGCCCAUUUAAAAGAUGGCCUCUAUUUUCCAGUGAUCUUUAGUAUGUUUUAUAUGAACAAAGUUGAAAUACAAUUUACUUUCUUAUCAACUCCUAAGUAUAAUUGUUUUUCCUAAGUAUAAUUCUGGACCAUGAGUUAACUCUGCUUUGUCUUUGGCCUAACCUACAUUAACAUAAAGACUGAACAUUUUCAACUUUUCUUUUUAAAAAAAAUCAUAAUGGUUUACUUUACUAAUAAAUAAGUAAAAAUAAA